UUUUAUUAAAAAUAGUCAUUUUUAACUGCAAUGGGUUUUUACAUUUCCCAAAACAUGUUUAUGAAUUCGGAAAUCCAACAAUGAUCGGAAUUAAGUUGUUUUAUAUACAGUAAAAUGCGAAACGUGGAACAUUCGUCUUAUAAUGGAAUCGAUUUAUCGUCAAUAUCGAAUUAAAUUAUGUUUUAUCAUAGAAAGUAUGGUCAAUUAAUGAUAAUCAGUGUUUGUAAAUUAUGAAUAAUUUCUCCUUUGGUGUUUAUGUAAAGUUCCACUUUCCUUUGAUCUCAUCUGAAAAUGUUGAAAGCGCGGAAUAAAGAAUUCCGCGCGCCCACCUGGUUCACCGUUUGCAUUACCUCCAGGCUCAUCGUUCAGGUCCUACACUCCAAGUCAUUCCUGGUUACCGUGAUUAUGCAAUGUUAUUCCAAACUAAACUUCAAUUUGUUUAACAUGCUGUGGUCUCACGGAACAUUCUGCGUUCGAUAACAUUAUACGUCUCAGCAAGCCCAGCUCAAGGCCUUGAAAUACUGUCUAAUUGUGACUCUUGAAAUUCCUCCUUAACUGGACUACGUCUUCUCAAACUUCCAUCCGGACAACCGGUAAUUGGUACAGUAUUGGGUAACGACGAAUGGGCAGAUCUCGUUAGGAAAUGCCGGCUUGCCACAAAUUCUUUACACACUAGCGCACAUGAAGAUGAAAUUCGUCUUAGCAGGUUUCCUUCUCCAGUCGCCUCCUUCCUUUCCAGAAAUUAACAGAAGUCUGUUAAUUAGCCAUGCAAAUCACAUUGAUCCUGAUGGAGUUUGACAGGACCACUGAGGGUUUUGUUUUCUUCCUGUGCUACUACUGCAAUACAACCAUUCCCACAUUGUUGCAUCGCGUCGCCCUGGGUACGUCGGUCACAUGACACCCAGUGAAACUCCACUAUCUCUCAAUGAAUAAACUGAAAAUGUGUGUGUGGUUUGUGCGGGGGCGCCUGGAAGGGAUGUGGUCGAUUUUUAUGAUUAAACAUCAGCGAUAACCUUAUUUGCAUCUGAAAUCCUCGUGGUAACAAACAAAAACGUUUUACUGAAUUUUGCAAACUUCAUUUUUACCCUGUCAGAUAACUUUCCCAUAUACUCCGGGUGAUUUUUCAAUUAAAAAGUCUAUUUUGUUUUUCAUUUCUGUGAGUUGAGAAAGAACCGGUAUUAAGAUUUCUAGCGAAUACACGCACAGAAAAAUCUUGACACGUCCCACUGCACGAUGUCAAGACACGUCCCAGGCACUGUCAUUAUUUGUGCAAGCUGGUAAUUCAACUGAGACCUCCCAGUAUUUGUUACAACUUGAGGCCAAGAUGCCGCUAAAGGAUUUUCAUUUAAACAAGAAGCAAGUGCCUCAAAAAGUUCAGUCUCCUCGCGAGAAUCGGCCCCUGUGUGAUCUUCAGAAAUUCCGGUGUAUCGCUAUAUAUAUAUAAAAAAAGCAAUACUAGGAUCGUAACUUUACACAUAAACUCUUGUUUUUAAUCGAAUGCGUGCGAAGAGAGGGAGACGGGAGAGCAGAGCUAUGAUUUCUUUCAGGCGAACUACGGCUCCCCUGAAGUGGGAUGGAUGCAUUCACAGCCUGGGUGGUCUCUCUACUUUGGUGAGCUGUUGCUAAGCAGCUAAUAAUAGUCGUGUUUGCUGAGUAAUUUCUGCCUUCCCCGGCCAAUCAGAGCCAAGCAAUACAAGCCUUCUCCCAGCCAUCUGACGGUCCUGGAGGCGGGUUUUUGCUUUCCUUCCCCCCUAAAUGGAGAGAGAGGCUUUUUUUCUAUUGAAUCAAGGCUCUCAGAGUUCCAGGGCCUGGUGCACAGAAUGGUUCAAGCGAGUGAUCGGUACGGGUAAACUUCCGAGUCUCUGGAAGAAGGUGAACGCUUUCAAGUUCCCCUCUCCGUCUCUUUUAAAACGCGCAGUUCCCCGUGAAUGUAGAAGGUCGUCAGGAUCCCCCAGAUCGCGAAAUGUGGGAAUGGAAGGCGCAAACUUUGACUCGCCAUCGCUACGAGGAGUAUGAAGUUUGCCAGACGGAGUCUACUUUGCUGAGGAUUAAAGUGGCCCUUUGGUGGAAGCUCAGACGGUGUGUUAAGAUACUAUCCCAGUCCCAUCCGCAACAUGGCCUCGGCUGUUAACACCGCGGAGCGCCGAAGGACAGAGCAGGACCAUGUUCAGGAAAACAGGAGGAAAAGAAGGAGAAACCUGCGGCAUCCGACAGCGGUUUUAGAUUAUCUGGAACGGCCGAGCUAUUGCGAUGCUGCCUUUGCGUUGGAUCAGAUCUCAAAGGGAAAGGCUACUGGACGGAAAGCACCGCUGUGGCUUCGAGCUAAGUUUCAAAAACUGUUAUUUAAACUGGGCUGUUACAUUCAAAAGAACUGCGGAAAGUUCUUCGUUGUCGGCCUCCUGAUAUUCGGGGCUUUCGCAGUGGGAUUAAGGGCUGCUAAUCUGGAAACCGAUGUCGAGGAGCUGUGGGUAGAAGUUGGUGGAAGAGUGAGUCAAGAGCUAUCAUACACACGACAGAAAAUAGGGGAGGAAGCCAUGUUCAAUCCUCAGAUCAUGAUUCAAACAUCUCCUGAGGAAGGUACUAGUGUUCUAACAGUUGAAGCGCUGCAACAGCAUCUUAACUCUGCAUUUAAUGCCAGCAGAGUGCAAGUUUAUAUGUACAACAAACAGUGGACCUUAGACAACUUAUGUUAUAAAUCAGGAGCACUUGUAACAGAAAGUGGUUGGAUGGAUCAGCUUAUUGAAAAAUUGUAUCCUUGUGUAAUAAUCACACCUUUGGAUUGUUUCUGGGAAGGUGCUAAAUUACAGCUGGGAACAGUCUACCUACCAGGUAAACUGCAGUUGCAGUGGACAAAUCUUGACCCCUUAGAAUUCCUGGAGGAGUUGAAGAAUCUGAAGUAUGAAGUGGGUGGUUGGGAGGAGAUGCUGAACAAGGCUGGAGUUGGACAUGGUUACAUGGAUCGCCCAUGCCUGAACCCUGCAGAUCCAGAUUGUCCACUUACUGCCCCUAAUAAAAACUCAACAACUCCUUUAGAUAUUGCCCGGGUAUUAAGUGGUGGUUGUCACGGGUUGUCCAAAAAGUACAUGCAUUGGCAAGAGGAACUAAUAUUAGGAGGUACCACAAAAAACAGCACCGGAAUACUACAGAGUGCCCAGGCUUUUCAGACUAUGUUUCAGUUAAUGACCCCCAAGCAGAUGUAUGAGCACUUCAAGGAUUAUUACUACGUUUCGGAUAUCAACUGGAAUCCGGACAAAGCUGCAGCAAUUCUAGAGGCCUGGCAAAGGAAAUAUGUUGAGGUUGUCCAUCAAAGUGUUGCACAGAAUUCAACCCAGAAGGUUCUUUCAUUCUCUACUACUACCCUUGAGGACAUCCUCAAGUCAUUUUCCAGUGUCAGUGUUAUACGAGUGGCUGGUGGCUAUCUUUUAAUGCUUGCCUAUGCCUGUUUAACCAUGCUACGAUGGGACUCCGCCAAGUCCCAGGGUGCUGUCGGGCUGGCAGGCGUCUUGUUGGUUGCACUGUCAGUGGCUGCAGGAUUGGGUCUAUGUUCUUUGAUUGGAAUUUCCUUUAAUGCUGCAACAACUCAGGUUUUGCCUUUUCUUGCUCUUGGCGUGGGAGUGGAUGAUAUCUUCCUUUUGGCACAUGCAUUUAGUGAAACAGGACAUAAUAAAAAGAUUCCAUUUGAGGACCGAACAGGAGAAUGUCUAAAGAGAACUGGAGCAAGUGUGGCCCUUACUUCCAUCAGCAAUGUGACUGCCUUUUUCAUGGCUGCUUUAAUACCUAUCCCUGCCUUAAGAGCAUUCUCCUUACAAGCUGCUGUUGUUGUGGUAUUUAACUUUGCCAUGGUUCUGCUCAUCUUCCCUGCUAUUCUCAGCAUGGAUCUCUACCGCAGGGAAGUUAGGAGACUCGACAUCCUCUGCUGUUUUACAAGUCCUUGUGCCAACCGAGUGAUUCAAAUUGAGUCACAAGCAUAUAGAGAUACCAAUGACAACCAUCCUUGCCAACCACCACCACCAUACAUCAAUCAAAAUUUUACCCAUGAGACUCAAAUUACCAUGCAGUCUACUGUCCAGUUACGCACGGAGUACAAUCCUCACACCCAAGCUUACUAUACAACUGCUGAGCCUCGAUCUGAAAUAUCUGUUCAACCAGUCACUACAACUACACAGGAUUCACUUAGCUCUCAAAGCCCAGAGACUGCUAGCUCAACACGAGAUCUUCUCUCCCAGUUUACAGACCCCAAUAGUAACUGUGUAGAUCCACCCUGCACGAAAUGGACUCUCUCUUCUUUCGCUGAGAAGCAUUAUGCACCACUGUUGCUAAAGCGAACAACAAAGAUUGUGGUCACAUUGCUUUUUUUGGGUUUACUUGGGAUCAGUCUGUAUGGAACCACAACAGUCAGAGAUGGUCUGGAUCUUACUGACAUUGUACCUCGUGAAACACGAGAAUAUGACUUCAUCGCAGCGCAGUUUAAAUACUUCUCUUUCUAUAAUAUGUACAUCGUAACUAAACAAGAAACAGACUAUCCCAGUGCUCAGCACCUGCUGUAUUAUCUCCACAAAAGCUUCAGAAAUGUGAAAUUCAUUUUAUUGGAAGAUAAUGGAGAGCUUCCAAACAUGUGGCUGCACUACUUUCACAACUGGCUAAAAGGUUUGCAAGACACUUUUGACAGGGAAUGGCAAGCUGGGAAGAUUACUCACAACAGUUAUAAAAAUGGUUCUGAUGGUGGUGUUCUGGCAUACAAGUUGUUAAUUCAGACUGGCAACAGGCAUAGGCCAACUGACUUAAGUCAGUUGACUAAACAACGCCUAGUGAGUGCUGAUGGAAUCAUCAACCCAAAUGCUUUUUACAUCUACCUGACUGCCUGGGUCAGUAAUGACCCUGUGGCUUAUGCUGCAUCUCAAGCCAACAUUCGCCCACACCCUCCAGAAUGGGUGCACGACAAGACGGAUGACAGGCCAGAAACUGCACUCAAAAUUCCAGCAGCUGAGCCCAUUGAAUACGCCCAAUUUCCUUUCUACCUCAAUGGACUGCGUGAGACUUCAGACUUUGUGGAAGCUAUUGAAAAAGUCAGAAAUAUCUGCAGUAACUUUACUAAUCAAGGACUUGCCAGUUAUCCAAACGGAUACCCAUUUCUGUUUUGGGAACAAUAUGUUGGGCUCCGACAUUGGCUGCUGCUGGCCAUCAGCGUGGUCUUGGCUUGCACUUUUCUGGUGUGUGCUCUUUUUCUCCUGAACCCAUGGACGGCUGGGAUCAUUGUAUUAGUCCUAGCACUGAUGACUGUGGAACUUUUUGGAAUGAUGGGCCUCAUUGGGAUAAAACUGAGUGCAGUUCCUGUAGUGAUCCUCAUUGCCUCCGUUGGAAUAGGGGUGGAAUUCACUGUUCACGUUGCUCUGGCAUUUUUAACAGCAAUUGGAGAUAAGAAUCGACGGGCAGUUCUUGCUUUGGAGCACAUGUUUGCACCUGUAGUAGAUGGGGCUGUAUCAACUCUUCUUGGAGUUCUCAUGCUUGCUGGGUCUGAAUUUGACUUCAUUGUCAGGUACUUUUUUGCAGUCCUGGCUAUUUUAACUGUUCUGGGUGUUCUCAAUGGAUUGGUGCUACUCCCGGUCCUUCUUUCUUGCUUUGGACCAUAUCCUGAGGUUUCACCUCUAGAUGGAAGAACCCGGUUACCUACUCCAUCACUAGAGCCACCAGUUCGAGUUGUGAGGUUUGCCAUCCACCCUGAGCAAGGAAAUAAUGGCUCUGACACCUCAGAUUCUGAAUACAGCUCACAGACUACAGUUUCUGGAAUCAGUGAAGAACUUCAUCAUUAUGAAUCCAAUUCCAGCUCAGCUGCACCAGCCCAUCAGAUCAUGGUGGAAGCAACUGAGAAUCCUGUCUUCCCCAGAUCUACAGUUAUUCAGCCAGAUUGCAGAUUACAUCAACCAAGAUCACAGCCACCUUCUCAUCAAGAUGUUAAACAUCAACAAUCCUGGAGGAAUUGUAGGGACCACAGUUUGGAGGCUAGAGAAGGGUUUCGACUGCCUCCUUACAAACCACGCACGGAUGCUUUUGAAACUGCUCAUGAAGGGCAUUCCAGACUUGGUAAUCGGGAUCAUCCAACUCAUAGAUCCCGUUCUCAUAAGACUAGGAACCCAACAUUUACUGCCACUGGUGCUGCGGCACCUACAUACUGCCAGCCUAUCACUACUGUAACCGCCACAGCCUCAGUUACUGUUGCUGUGCAUCCUCCCAUACCCAACCAAAAUGUAUUUGGAGGGCACCCACAUUGUGAAGGGUACAGUGGAACUGAUGAAGGAGCAUUUGUUGAUCCUCAUGUGCCUUUUAAUGCACGUUAUGAAAGAAGGAACUCAAAGCUGGAAGUUUUAGAGUUGCAGGACGUUGAAUGUGAAACACAGAGAAAUGGGAACAAAACACAUUAGUAUGGAAUUUAUGAUGCACAGAUGGCCAAAGAUUGGAAACUCUUCAUUUGCAUUGUCUGGUCCUUGAAGCUCCAAGGCUAUAAACACAAUACUGAACUAGGAAAACAGUUUACAGCAACUGUUAAUCAAUUAUAAUAUUUGUUAAAUAUUUCUUCUCUAAAAUAUUUAAAGGAUGUACACAUAUGUAUUAUACAAAUGUACAAUGUAAAGUAGUAUAAUUUUGGGAGCUGAAAAACUCCUGUGAAUGGAUUGGGAACAAUGUUGUAUGAUCUAUAUGUUAUGUACAUUGAUCUGUGUAUCUGUGCCACAUUUACGCUUAAUCUAGUCAUAAAUGUCAGCAUUUGUUGCUGCUGCUUAAGAUAUGUAUAAUUUACUUGUAUAAUUAUUCUAUGCAAAUAUUGCUCGUGAUAGUUUUUUGUAAAGAUACACAUCUUGUUAAAAUAUUUUAAUUUUGCAUAUCACAACCCUGUGGUAGUAUAAAAUGUUACUGUUAACUUUCAAGCACGCUAUGCGUGGUUCUUAAAAUUAUCAGAUAUGAAGAAAAGCACGUUAAUCUUUAUGGCCUUGUUAGCUUUAGUUGACUCUUUCAGUGUAUUUUACAGGUCUGUAUUGUUUUAAUUUAACCCUUAGUGUGUGUAUAUUUAUUGAUCCCCUCCAGAUUCUUUGAAUGAUAAACUGUAUCAGAAUUUCUAACUGUCAGACUAACACAGACAGUUUUUUUUAUAUUUUUCUUUAUUUAUUUUCAGUUUAAAUA